AUGUCUCAGACCAACUCGUUCCAGCCGUGGAAACAAACGCUCCCCGUCGGAUUACCCUCGAAUCUGGCCUCCGGUAGCUUCGGAGGUAGCGCUGGUAGUACCGUGGCAGUAGGCUAUGGAAAAUUGCCAGCGACUCCUUCGACCCUGCAGCCCGCUCCGUCACCGUCCUCGUCGUCAUCGUCCUCGUCCUCAAUCAGUUCAUCGACUCCGACGACACCGGGCGGUGGCGUAAGUUUGGCCACGUCCUCGCCCCUAAACGGGGCAGGUCUGCCCGUGCCACUUCACACCCGCCUAAUAGCCGGUCUUUGCACACCCGGUGGGAUUGUAUCGUCAUCGACGGUCUCCAGCACACCUGCACCAGGAGGCGGUGGAGAUUUCCUCGCACAAAUGGCCGUUAACAAGCUGAAGCUGGGAAAGCUAAACGCCAGCUACGAGCUGACUGCGGCCAACACCACCAGUAAUCCUCCGGCCGAGCACGAUAUGGAGCUUGGGGCCGAGCUUGAUCCGGGUGUGGCCGCAAUGAAGGCGAUGCUAACCACUGCCGGUGGCUACAGUCCAGCGGCCAAUCUUGGUGACCGCGAACGCGAACAACAGAUACAGCAGAUCUUCGAGAAAUCCAUCAGCGACAACACCAAGAAACAGAUCGUGGAUAUUUUGGAGAAAAUAUCGACCCUUCGGCCACCGGAACGCUUGCUGCUGUACCUUCGUAUGCCUGGCGGUUAUCCAGAAACAGAUCCUUUGCGCCAGUCACAAAACCCCCUGGGCACGCGCCUCGAGAUUAAUCACACGAUCAAUUGGGUCCGAUCGCAUCUAGAGCACGACCCGAAUGUGUCAAUUCCGAAACAAGAAGUUUAUGACGACUAUGUUGCGUACUGUGCAAGAAUCAACAUAAAGCCCCUUUCCACGGCCGAUUUCGGUAAGGUAAUGAAGCAGGUCUUUCCCGGCAUCCGGCCCCGGCGGCUCGGUACGAGGGGCCAUUCCAGAUACUGUUACGCGGCCAUGCGCAAAGCCACGAAGCUUCCCACCCCAAAGCUGCCGGAUCUUUCCAGUGCAGGCGGACCGCUCGAGAAGCAGUCCAACGAUGGCCAAAACUUCAACGAGGAAGAAUCCUGGAAGGUCGUCAAGGCAUGGGCCGAAGCGAUGCUACCGUCGUGUUUCUCCACGAUCAACGAGCUGGCCGGUUUCAUCGCGAAGAACAACCUCAACUCACCGACCGGCAUCGGGAGCAGGCAGCAGCUGCACAAGAAGAUCCUCCAGCGCGAGAUGAAGGAAAAGCGAAAGCUCUCUGCCGUAGCGAUGAAGAAGCGACGCAAGAAGCGCAGAAAGACACUCUCGACGAGCAUGUGUGAGGGGACGUCGGAACCCCGCAGCACACCGGAUGGAACCCACCUGAAGGGUGUGGGAGUGUUCGGUGCGAUCGACACGCCGCAGCAGAGAACCGUAAGUACAAAGCAGCCACAAAACGCUCAACAACCCCUGGCAACAACACCGGUGAUCGAUGGAGGAGGAGGAGGAGGCAUGGCACCGAUGGGCAACGAGGGCACGACGGCGAUGACCAACCAGCUGCUGCAGCACAUGAUCAAACGGGAGCAGCAGGAUUAUCUCGACGAGGACAACAACAAUACGAAGGCCGCCGUUGUCGGUGGUGGCGGCAAAAUGAUGCUCCUGCAGCGUCAGCAACAACAGCAGCAGCAGCAGCAGCAGCAGCAAAGUACAAAUCUCAACUGUGAUACUAGUAAUGGUGUCUUGGAGUCGUUGAACAAAGACCUAAUGAUGGCGGCGGCGGCAGCAGCAGCAAAUGGAGGUCUCCUGCCACCUCCGUCAAGUGGCGGACUGCCGGUUAUCGCUCACGGAACUCACCCACCGCAACACUUACAACAACAACAGCAGCAGCAGCAGCAACAACAGCAGUUAGUACAUCAGCGUUUGCUUGAGGGCGGAAUGCGUAGCCCGCAGGAUCAGCAGUUCUUGCAGAACAUUUACUGCAAAAAGGUUCGCCAAGCCCAGCAGCUAAAGGCCGUCCAGCAGCAGCAGCAGCUGCAGCAACAACAGCAAUUGCAGCUGCAGCAGCAUCACCAGCAACCGUCUGGACACCCAUCGCCGCUGUUCUUUCCCAAUCAACCCACCAACGCUCAGAAGCGCCAGCUAGCACACAACAUGGCCUACGCUAGCAGACAGAAACGGCUGAAGCUGCUACAACAACGUCAGCAGCGAUCACUGGAAGCGCAAAACAACAGCGCGCCACGCUACGAUGACCAGGGCAAUCUAAUACUCAUCGAGUCGCAGGACGCGACGCGGGACGAAUUUAUCAUCCCGCGCGAACGAGUCAUCAGUAUUUGCAACAUGGACAAGAACGCACUGGACGGUUACUUGAACUGCGACGAGGAGAAUUCGCAGGACCAGGAUCAGGAGUUGUUAAAGUACUUCCCGGAGGAGGACGCCGCUGGCAGCUCGCAUCCGCAGCAACUCGACGCGUCGAUGGAUGCUGGCGAUGGUUCGGGAUCCUCCUUCGGUGGUGGUCUGUUCGAUGACAACGAAAAGCUGUUCCAGAUACGCAUGAUUCUCGAAAAGAACCAGAGCAACCAAACCAAACAGCAGAUGUUGCAGCAGCAGCAACACCAGCAGCAAAUGCAGCAAGCCAUGGAAGCUCAACUCGGUGGGUACGAUUCAGCAUCGGCACCGGGUGGAACGAUUAACGCCGCGAACCAUCAGAACGCGGGUGGUAUGGGUUUGGCACCCGGAUCGGCUGCAGCUUCAUUGGCCGCGUUAUCCCAGCGCCACAACACGACCACGGGAGAUGUGCCCACUGGCGGUGGAACUCAGGCGGUUGCUGGCGUGAGCACGGAUCAACAACCGAAGCAGCAGAAAUUUAGCGAACAAAAGCACACCAUUCCUGAGGGGUUUGGCAUGGGCCAGAUUAAUGAGGCGGUUUCCACUUCCAACCAGGUGCUCUGCCAAACGGUGCAAAGCCCUACGGCUCGUCGGAAGAACUUCAGUUUCGUGCCCAUUUCCGAGCAACCUCGCAGUGGAACGGGCGGAAAGCGGUUGACCGGGGGUGGCAACAUAAACCACACACCCACUGCCAGUCCGUUCGUGAGUCCUCGGAGCACUCCCAUCCACCGGAAACCCCAAAAAGCACCGAACGGGCUUACGCUCAACCUUAUGGAGCACAAAUUUGGUGGAACGCAGGCGCAACAGCAACAAUUGCAGCUUGUCGGUGGUGGCGGAGGCGGUCCUUACAACCACCACCAUCAUCAGCAGUUGACGCAGCAGGCACGUUCCUCAAUCGGAGGAUACAUUAAGAACGAGCUGCCAGCUUCGGCCCCUCCGAGCCCUUCGAUGAUGCAACCUUAUCGCUUCGGUGCGGUCGGCAUCAAUGGAUUGAAUUGCGGCGUUUCCCCGAUGCCGACCGCUUUCCAACCGAUCUGUAACCCCCACGGGGGCCUUUCGUCCACCGCCUCAAUUGGGGGUGGGCUGAAUGGGCCAAUGUCGUCGCUUGAGUCGCGCUCGAGCAGUGUACCGCUGAUACAGAACUACGAUGGGUAUUGCAACUCAAACUACACAUCCGUCUCGCAAACGCCCGUGCCCUCCGAGUACGACGACUUCAACGACACCGGAACCAUUCUGGACAUGCUGAACGAGCAAUCGUCUCAGCUGACCUCCGCGGUGAAAAUGGAAACGGAACUGACCCUUCCCGAUCUGCUCGAUCAGCAACAGCAGCAACAGCCAGCUCAACAGCAGCAACAAGAGGACGGUGGGUUCUUUUCGCGCUCCACAAACUACAACAUUGUUUCGCGUUCGGUUCCGUCGACUCCUUUACCGAUGCUGGGAGGCUUCGGAGCAGCCGGAAGUUCAUCUUCCGGCUCCGGAGCGGGUGGCAAUUGCGUGUCGACCGGUUCCAUGGGUUUCCAGCGCUUCGAGCUGCCCAAAUCCGUCCCGUCGACACCGAUCGCACUGAAUGAGGGCAGCUGCCACGGUGACCUGAUGUUCCAGUACAGCCCGGAAACGUCACGGGACUUCCUCAUCAACGGGAACUCCGUCGAACGCAGCAAAUCGUCCGCAACUUCCUUCUACUCACCGGGACCAGGAACCAGUGGUCCCGCAAGUGCCGGCCCUACCGGUGUCUCUGGUCCGAUGGUCAUGACGCCCGGAGGAUCGGACAACAUCGGAACCAGCGUUACGGUUCCGGGAGAGCUCGGAGUUACGGUUGCACACACCAACGGUGCCACCUGCUCAGUCCAUUCCACAUCUUCCGCCGCUCCCGAUCCGAUCGCACCACCAACGGCCGACCUGGCGAACCUCUCCGAUAGCAUCGGUCUCUCCACCGAUUUGGAAAGCGUGGCGGAAUCGAUGAUCGACUCCGACAUCCUGCGGAAUCUGUAG